AUGCCUUUGUCUACUCCUGACCUCGGAUUCAUCGAAGGGGACUUAAUCGAAUGUCUAAACGCCGGUGAUGGAUCGUGGUGGGUUGGUCGUCUGUACCGAGAUCGAAGAACCGUUGGCUCAUUCCCCUCCAACUUUGUCGAAGUCCUACCUGAGGAAUUUCGACCCAUGACGAGAUCAGUCAGCCCCUUGCCCGGGAGCAAUACCCCAAGUCCAAAAAACACGCCAGCCAAAUCAAAAACUUUCCGCAAGCCGUUUGAAGCCUACGCAAAAGCUCCUCACUACACAACCGCCAAAACGCCUACAUCAUAUCGUGACCCUCACAUCACUACACCGGUUCCAGCACCAGUACCUAAACCUCAACAACGCCGGCCAAAAGACGACUCGGCUGGCUCUUACAACAGAUCCGUCCAUGACGCUAUAGACAGAGUACCAUCUCCACCUACAGUCCACGGAUACGGCUCUCGAGCUCCGUCGCCAGCACCAUCACAAGUCUACGCGGACAAUUAUGCCACCACGCCCGACAGGGAUUCAGUACCUCCUCCAGCACCACCGCCUCAUCGGCAUGUAGGAGGCAGCGGGAGAUCAGUUGAUAUGUCACGGCAGGCGUCAAAUGCUUCUUUUCGUCCGUAUUCUCCUGCUAUCAUGACCAGACAAGAGUCAAAUGCAUCCCACCACCAUCCACCUCAGACGCCAAGACAAGCUUCAUUCACCCCUCAUGACGAUACGGUAUAUCAGCGUGAAUUGAAUGGAGAAUACACGCCGCAGGAUCGAUCGCCACGCCAGCACUCCCCAGACGAGCUGCACAUGACACCAUCACCACUGAGAGAGGCCAUGGACAGUGUCAUGGAGCAGUUGGAUCAGCUCGAUGGGCUUGGAAGUAGCUGGGGUGAGCAGCCAGAACCCGAGACAAUGGAAGAAAAACCAUUGGAUCCCUGGGCACCAGAGUCGUUUGACGCGAUUACGCAUAAGUCAAGGCGAAGAGCCGCAGAGCCGACGAGACCACUAACAUCCAUGGGAAUAGCACACCAAGAUGAGGGCUAUGAGACUUGGAGCGGCGGGUCAUCACAAGAAACAUCAUAUCAAAACGGUAGUCGAGGCAAGAAGCAUGAGUUGCCUGAGCUAAGCAAUUAUGUUGAACGUAUGGAGAAGCGAUUCCAAAACAUGCAUCACCACAGCAAAAGUACAGGAAUGGCCGCAGACAUUGACCUUGAUGCUGAUGUCGACGACAUGCCUCCACCACCGCCACCCAAGGGUCAGCCAUAUCAACGACCUAGAUCCUCCGCUGGUGAUCCUGUUGGUCGCCCACGAGAAUUGAGAACUCAAAAGUCAGCAUACGAGAUCGGACGCAGCAAGGGUGCCGCCAGCGAGAGCAUAGGUAGAACUCUUACAACCCGGACCAACACUACCAAUGCUUCAUCAGGCAAUCAAAGCCACACAAGUUCUUCUACCCAAAGCAGCGGUAGAACCUUGUGGAGUGGUGUGUCGGCUGGAGGCUUCAGCUCCACCAGCGCCGGAAGUAUGGCUCGCCAACAUAUGCGCACGCAGAGUGCUAUGGACACUCGCGAACCAGAGCUGGAUCGGCCAGAUUCGCCUUUCACUGGCGUUACCUACCACAGCAGCCAUGCAAGUAAUGCUGUAGGAAACAGCCGGCCAAGGGCUCAGACCGGUAUAGAGGAUGACCUGACGGGAAGCCUAGGCGGCCUGGUCCAACCCAAAGCACCCAAACGAAACAUCUUCAAGAAAAUUUUCGACUCUGCAAAGACUGGUGUUGCAAGCAAUCGCGGUAGCAUUGCGGCUGGUUCGAUAGCGGGUGGCGGCUCGGUUCGAGGCUCUCCAUUCAACCGUCCACGAACAUCUGUGGCACCAUCUCCGAUGAGCUCAAAAAUGACGGGCAUCAGUGGGCCUGAUUACACAUCUGAUGCUGCUCGAGAGAUGGGCUUGGUAGGUGGCGGUAGCAGUGUGGACUGGGUCCAAGUUCGUCGCGAUGUAAACAGAUCGAACUCCUUGAGCAAGGCGGAGAGAAACGAGCGCCAGGAUCGUUGCCAAAUGCUUGAUCACCCUGUAUUGAACCCAGUGGAUGAGCUAUAUGAAGGCAUCGAAGGUGAUGAGGCAGCAGACGGCAUGCCGGUGAAGGAGACCAUAAACUACCAGUCCAUAAACCUGAGCCAGGUGGACAAGAACUCGCGAUUCAUUGGGGACAUGCCACCGAUGACGACGGCAAUCCAACUAGCCACGACGUACGUCUGUCGACCGUACAGAAGCGAUGUGCAACGCCUACGUGCCAUAUUUACGUGGGUAUCAGAAAAGAUCUGCUGGGAGGAGGAUUUUGAAGGCGACAUAGACACUCGCCGAGUCAUUCAGGCCAAAAGAGCCUGUGCUGAAGAGUAUGCAGUUCUUGUCAUGGAGAUGUGUACUGCUGUUGGGCUCGAGUGUGAGAUUGUCCGAGGAUAUCUCAAGACUCCCGGUGACGUGGCUGACCUGAACAUGAUGCCCCGAUCGAAUCACUGGUGGAAUGCAGUCAUUGUUGACAAUGAAUGGCGUAUCAUCGAUUGCUGUCUGGCUAGUCCUUCCAAUCCCAAGCGUGGCCUCUACUCCAGCGCAAAUGGGCCAACCGCCGACUCGUGGUGGUUCCUCGCUCGGCCGACGGAAGUUUGCUGGACACAUGUCCCAGAACACCACGAUCAACAGCAUAUUGUGCCUCCAGUAGCCCACGAGACACUGCUCAACCUUCCGUGUACUUGCCCUUCAUUCUUCCGCAACGAGAUUGAAAUGGUGGACUACAACACGGCGGUGACGAGAAUUGAAGAUUUAGAAAUGGUUCAUAUCAAGUUCAACGUGCCAGGAGACGUCGAAAUAGCUGCAGAGGUAGAAGCUCGAGCAUACACUCGAGACGCAGACGGCGACGUGUUUGAGAGCGGGGACGUGGUCAAGAAGCGAGCACUGGCACAGGCAGAGUGGUACAACGGCAUCAAGCGAUAUACGGUUAAGGCGCUUCUUCCUGGAGACGAAGGCCAGGGCACAUUGAAAAUCUUUGCUGGCAAACGUGGGCUGAUGCACAGCAUCAAAGACAUUCCCCAUCCAUUGGCGUUUUCACUUCCCAUCGUGCACACUGGGGAGAAUCCGCCGUACGACUUUGUAACUCGACAUCCAACUCCGCAUGCCCAACGCCACGACAUCUACGUCGUUCAGCCUCAGUGUCAAAGGCUAGCUCUUAACAAUACCUUUGUCUUUGCCAUUCGGCAACAUCCGAGUUCGACAAUCACUGGCCCUAAUUCUGCCUUGACGCCAGCAUCGAACCCCGGACGAACGAGCCCAAACCCCUUUGCAAGACCAAGCUCAGCCAUGAGCAUGAAUACCUCGAGCUUGAGUGGUUCAAACCCCAGCUCGGCAAGCGGAACAGUGGCAGGAAAGAAGCCGGCCAAGUUGGCCAUCCAGACACCAGGUGGUAAGAUUCUCCGUCUUAUGAGGAAGGAAGACCGCAAAGGUAUCGCAGUUGGUGGAAAGGGUCUAUGCAGUGAUGAAGACGUCAGUGAUGGAGGCACGUGGGAGACCAUCAUCAAAUGCUCUGAGAGGGGCGUCUGGAGGGGAUUGGUUUUGGCAGACCGUACGGCGCGAUGGUGCGUAUUUGCCGAAUGGGUUUGCGUGGGCUAA